ACACUUUCCUGAGCCCAUGUGUGGGCAGCUGAAAGGCAACUUCGGGCCUCUUGCCCCCAGGCAGGCAGCAGCUACUGCCCGUGCGCACCUGGGGCCCCGUGAGGGCCCAGGACCGGAGGAGGGGGUGGAUGUGGCAUGAGGGGACACUGCGAGGCAGCACCUGUGAGUGACAGGUGGGGGCAGCGGCAGUUGGGAGAGGCCCCCAGGCUGGUAGUGGGAGAUGGAGACCAUUUCACAAGCUCAAGGGAACCCUGGGAGUUUGGGCUGGGGGAGCCCGAGACCUUGACUUCUGCUUGUGCUUCUGCGGGGUGUCAUUCCUUACAUUUCUAUGACGUUUUGACUCUGGAGGAGCCCUUUCAGAUCUAUUUAUUUCCUUCUCAUGGAAUCACGAGUGAGAGCUGCAGCGGUCCCCAGAGGCUCUCUGGGGUCUGAUCUCCUCAUGGUAUCAAUGAGGAAACUGAGGCCUAGAAAAGAAAAAACCAUCCUUGCCUGCAGUUCCCCAGCAAGUCCUGGCUGAGCGCCCUGCUUUCUGCCCAGCACCACACUAAACUUAGCCUAUGCUGGCAUCAGCCAGGCAGAGGAGCAGGUUGGGGAGCAGGUGUGGGAGGAGGGAGGGGAGGCCGCCCCCCCCCCCCAGACGUGCCGUCAGCUGUCAGGGGCUGCUGAGGGGCGGGCCCCCUCUGUGCCUGCUCCUCCACACUGUGCAGCGUCACCAGCAAGGGCCUGGGGGCUCACCUGCCAGCAGUGGGAGACAGGACCAGACGGGCCACCCAGGUCCUUCCAGAUCAGAGCUCUAGAUGUCUCUGGGCCUCUCCUUAACCUAGCGGCGUAGGUAGGUCCUGGUGGUUCCCAGGGAAAGCUCUUGGGGGACGGAGAGGACUGAGGCUGGCCGAGAGAGAAGGUGCCUUGGGGACUACGAAGCUGAGCUGAGCCAAGAUGCCGCCGGGGCCCCUGAAAAGGGCCCAGUUUCUGGAGACUCAGAGUGGGCUGUGAAAAGCCCUUGGGGAGCCCCCCUCCCAGGCAGGGAGGCUCUCGGCUCCUGUGAAGAAGGGGCUCAGGGGCCUGGGCAGGGCCAGCUGCACUGCAGCUAUGGACCGUGAGCUGGCCUGGCCCGCGUCCUUGCUGACCCUGCCUGUCUGCAGCCGUGCCCACCAUGGUCUCCUGGGUGUACAUCAUGGUGGAGCUGGCCAUUGCCGUGCUGGCCAUCCUGGGCAACGUGCUGGUGUGCUGGGCCGUGUGGCUGAACAGCAACCUGCAGAACGUCACCAACUACUUCGUGGUGUCCCUGGCGGCAGCCGACAUUGCUGUGGGAGUCCUCGCUAUCCCGUUCGCCAUCACCAUCAGCACAGGGUUCUGUGCGGCCUGCCACAACUGUCUCUUCUUCGCCUGCUUUGUCCUGGUCCUCACGCAGAGCUCCAUCUUCAGCCUCCUGGCCAUCGCCAUUGACCGCUACAUCGCCAUCCGCAUCCCACUCCGGUACAAUGGCUUGGUGACUGGCACAAGGGCCAAGGGCAUCAUUGCAGUCUGCUGGGUGCUGUCGUUUGCCAUCGGCUUGACUCCCAUGCUGGGCUGGAACAACUGCGGUCAGCCAGAGGGGGGCCAAAACCACUCACAGGGCUGUGGGGAGGGCCAGGUGGCCUGUCUCUUUGAGGAUGUGGUCCCCAUGAACUACAUGGUGUACUACAACUUCUUUGCCUGUGUCCUGGUGCCCCUGCUGCUCAUGCUGGGCGUCUACUUGCGGAUCUUCCUGGCGGCUCGGCGACAGCUGAAGCAGAUGGAGAGCCAGCCUCUGCCGGGGGAGCGGGCUCGGUCCACGCUGCAGAAGGAGGUCCAUGCUGCCAAGUCACUGGCCAUCAUUGUGGGGCUCUUUGCCCUCUGCUGGCUGCCCCUGCACAUCAUCAACUGCUUUACCUUCUUCUGCCCAGAGUGUAGCCAUGCCCCGCUCUGGCUCAUGUACCUGACCAUCAUCCUCUCCCACACCAAUUCUGUCGUGAACCCCUUCAUCUAUGCCUACCGCAUCCGUGAGUUCCGCCAGACCUUCCGCAAGAUCAUCCGCAGCCACAUCCUGAGGCGGCGGGAGCCCUUCAAGGCAGGGGGCACAAGUGCCCGGGCCUUGGCAGCUCAUGGCAGUGAUGGAGAGCAGAUCAGCCUCCGCCUCAAUGGCCAUCCUCCUGGGGUGUGGGCCAAUGGCAGUGCCCCUCAUCCUGAGCGGCGGCCCAAUGGCUACACCCUGGGGCUGGUGAGUGGAGGGAGUGCCCAUGAGUCCCAUGGGGACAUGAGCCUCCCAGAUGUGGAGCUCCUCAGCCAUGAGCACAAGGGAGCAUGCCCAGAGUCCCCUGGCCUCGAGGGUCCCCUGGCCCAGGAUGGAGCAGGAGUGUCCUGAUGAUCCACUGAAUUUGCCCCUUCCUGCAGGAAGGAAAUCUUUCUCUUUGGUGGAUAGAGCCAGUCACGUUGGGAAAAGAGUGAAUGUGCCUGGAGACCCUUUUCAUGGCCAGUUCCCACUUUGGACUGAGAGGAGGGGGCCCUGGCUGGAGCAGCAUGAGGCCGAGCAGGAAGGGUUUGGAGUCCGAGGAAGUGGACGUUUCACGUUGGGAGGCCCUACAUCAGGUCAAGGCCACGGCACCAGAGCAUCUUGGCUGGGCAGGGCCUGGUUCCCCACUCUGGUGGCAUCUAGAAGUACCACCUUGACUUGGCAGAACAGCUGUGGCAGAGCAGGCUGGCCGGCCCUGAGGCUGGGGGGCGGGGAGGGUGGCUCCAACAGGCCCCCUACCACACACACAGACCACCCUCCCCAGACUUUCCAAGGGUUCAGGAGCUGCUGUGCCCAGAGGUGGCAUUUUUCUCUUUCUUUCUUUCUUUUUUUUUUUUUUCCCCAGGAGAAAAUGUUAAGUGUGAAGAAUACUUUUUUUUUUUUUUUUUAAUUAUCUUCCUUCCCUGGUUGCUGGGUCUGUUGUCAGUCCUGCUGCUCACCCCGCUCCAGGGGUGAGCCCAGGGAGCCCCAGGCAGCCCUCUCUGGCUACCAUGAGCAGCCAUGCACUUCUUACACUAUCAGUCCCAGGGCCAUCUUUGGGGGCCACAAAGCUGGACUCAAGGACGGGGAGUUGUAAUGGAGUGCUGCCUGACUGUGGGCUCAGGGGAGGAAAUGGGGACUGGCCCACCGUGCAGUGUGCCUGGGUAGCUCAGAGCUGCCCAGUCAGAGGCCCUAUCUAACUGCCUUUCCUUCUGAAGGGAAUGUUUUUUUCUGAGAUAAAAUAAAAAUGAGCCAUGUUGUGUUUUAAGC